UUGAGCAAUUAGGAAAAUCACGGUGAUCAACAGAUUGCAAAGCCAAGUGGUACCGGUAUACCAUACAUGCACUGGAGUUUGGCCACUGUGUAAGCGUGAGCGGUAACCUAACAUCCCGUACGCCAGACUUUCCCCGAUGAUGGCAGAUGGGGAGCCCGCAUGUCACCGAGUGGUGUUUCUUGGAGCUGGUAGGAGCCCGUCGAUCCUCACUGAAACUGUCUCUCUUCCCGAGUUAAAACCAGGAGAAAUUUUAGCCAAAGUGCGUCUUGCAACAAUAUGUUCCUCAGAUCUGCAUACCAUCCACGGGAAAAGAAAGGCGGAUAUCCCGUGUGCACUUGGCCAUGAAGGAGUGUUGGAGGUCGUUGCUCACAAGAGAGGUAGUGAAAGUAGGCUGGAAGCGGGACAGAGGAUAACUUUCACUGUCGUCGAUGUCUGUCAUAAUUGCAGGAGAUGCCAAGCUGGUCUUCCUCAAAAGUGUUUGUCAUUUUUCAAGUAUGGCCACAGUCAGAUCACCAGUCAAAGAAGUCUUAGCGGUUGCUAUGCAACCCACAUAGUCUUGCAUCCAGGCACCUGCAUUUUUCCAAUUCCUGAUCACAUCACGGACAAGAUGGCUGCUCCAAUAAAUUGUUCCCUAGCUACCAUGGUGAAUGCUGUUUCAUCUUUCUCACACCGAGAUGCAAGCUCCCAGUCCGUCCUUUUACAGGGAGCGGGUCUACUAGGUGUGUAUGGAUGUGCUCUCCUUCACAGUCUUGGCUUCGGAAGGGUGUAUGUCAGUGAUGUCGAUGGGAAGAGACUGAGUACCAUUCCCCUGUUUGGAGGGACCCCCAUCGUAGCAGGAGAUGAAUCUGUAUGCUUCAAGGAGGAUGAACUGGAUAUCGUGAUAGAGGUAUGUGGAGUUAGUGGCAUCAUUAAAUCUGGUAUACAACUUCUCAAGCCAGGCGGAAUCUAUGUCCUAGUUGGACUUGUACAUCCAGACUCUUAUAUGAAUAUAACAGCUGAAGCUAUCAUUAGAAAAUGCCUUACUAUAAAAGGUAUCCAUAACUAUGCCCCCGAGCACCUCGAGAAGGCAAUAGCAUUCAUGUCAAAGUUCAGCAGGAAGUACCCGUUUGAAGAGAUCGUUGGAGUCAUCUACCCGAUAUCCGAAUACGAGACUGCCUUCCAGAAAGCAAGAGAAGGGUCAUUCAGACGAGUGGGUUUGGACCCAAGUUUGCACUCAUAAUUGAGUCAUUCAUUAAAGGCCAAUGCUGGGUCAUUCAGACGAGUGGUUUUGGAUCCAAGUUUACACUCAUGACUUGACCGUUCAUUGAGGGCUAAUGCUUGGUCAUUCAUUGAAGACAUAGGCUAGGUCAUUUAGAUGUGUGGAUUUGGACCCAAGUUUACUCCCAUCACUUGACUGUUCAUUGAAGGCCAAGACUAGGUCAUUCAGAUGAGUGGAUUGGAACCAAAGUUUACAAUCAUUUAAUAUCUGAAUGAAUUUUAUGCCUGGCUCAUUAGGACAAGUGAGUUUCAACCCAAGUUUAUGCUCAUAGUAUAAUUGUAAUUAUAGAAUAUGUGCCAAUCAUGCAGAGUUUCAGACAAGUCAGUUUAGAGCCAAGCUUAUUAUAAUCUUAACUUAGUCAAUGAAUCAAUUGAAAAAUCCCUCUUUUUUACCAACAAUUGUUUUGAUAGGGGGUCUGUAAAAUUAAGGCAAUUGUUUGAUGUAAGUAAGGAGAACUUUACCACUUUUCAGUAAGAUUUCUGCUGAAAAAUCUGUUUAUGCAGCUGCUAUGUAAAUAAGCCUAUAUUAUAUUUAGGGUCUAGCUGUCAGGGUAGUUUAUGCUGAGAAUGUGUGAAAAAUUAUGUAUAACAAAUUAAAAAUUGGUAUAAACCUUUUAUAUGUUUAAUGAUAAUAAUGAUAACAUUUUGGGUUAAAGGUGCUUAAUAUUGUUUUUGUGCGAACAUCGAAUACUAUCAGAUUUCUAAUAAUCGAAUCAUUUGUUUUCAGACGUCAUGCCAUUGCUCUUUCUACUCUACGUUACGCUGAUACUAUUUUUCAUGAAGACUUUCAAGUGUUCUCACAUUUCAUUAUUGAGCAUAUGGUUGAAUUCACAUAAUCAAUUACACUAGAGUAUCAAAGUGUAAGUGUCCUUCAAACCUCAAUGUGAAAUGUUGAAUAUAUCACAAUUCCCCUUGUGAAUGUUUGGUUGCUUGUAUGUGGGAACAAGUACUGCGGAUAUCUGGGCCCAGUACUGUAUAGCUUAGAUAUUGAUCACUGAUUUCUACAAUUGAUUGCAUUCAUUUGAUAAUUGUGUAUGAUCAGGGCCCCGUCUUACCAAGAGUUCUGAUUGAUCCGAUCAAUCGCAACUAUAGACUGCCAACAACGUCAACGUGUAUUAUUCAUGCUUGUUCAAAAUAUGCUGUGUAUUCAUGCAUUCAUUUUUUUGUCUCACCUGCGAAGCAGAGUGAGACUAUAGGC